AUGGACCCCGACUUUACCCAUCAACUUCUCCCAGACUCACCCCCAGACCAACAACCCCCCCGUCUAGCCAAAGCCCCGCCCUCAGGCUCCUUUAUCAAACCCACCCUCAUGACCUCCGCCCACGCAGACAUCCCGCCCCCAAAUCCCCUAGCGAUGAAAUGCAUCAACGACCUAGCAGCGACUACCGACCUCUCCCUCCGCUUCAACACCACCGUCGACCGCUGGCACGCGCACAUGGAAACGCAGCGUUUCUCCUCCUUCAGCGGCGCUUACAUCGAUUGCGCUGCAUUCGACGAGCUGGCGGGUAUGGGGAGCUCGAUUGUUCCUCACAUCAUGAUCGCGUACUCGGCGGACCGCGAGGGGUGGUGGUACAUGCUUCUCAACGAGAUCACGGGGAGGAAGGGGACGUUGUCGACGGAUAAGCGCGCGGAGUAUGGGAGGUGGGAGGGGUGGUAUGUUGGGGGUGCCGAGGUGGAGAGGUUGCCUGCUUGA